AUGCCGACCCAACAAUACUCCAAUAUCAAUCUCGGCUUCGACAACGUCACCGUCCUCAUCACCAACGAUCCCCUCAUGGUGGACUCAUGGAUCGCCGACAUCGAGCGCAUCCACCGCUGGCGCCUCGACCGCCUCGUCGUCGGCCUCGACAUCGAGUGGCGCCCCUACUAUGUAUUCUCCGGCUACAGUAACCCCGUUGCCGUCCUCCAGCUCUGCGUCGGCCGCCGCUGCCUCGUCUUCCAGAUCCUCUACGCGCCCUAUGUCCCUUACUCGCUCUACGAGUUCUUCCAAAACAACUACUACACCUUUGUUGGCGUCGGGAUCGAGGGCGACGUCGAGAAGCUCGAGGCGGAGCACGGCCUGAGAGUCGAGAACGCCGCCGACAUCGGACAUAUUGCGGCGGAGCAGUACGGCCAUGACGGAUUGAAGAAUGCCGGGAUGAGGAGACUGGCGAUGCUGAUUCUCAACCUGGUGAUCGACAAGCCGAUGGAGGUGACAUUGAGCGCGUGGGACAGUUUGAAUUUGUCGUUUCCGCAGAUACGGUACGCCGCCGCUGACGCUUUUGUGUCGUUUGAGAUGGGGAGGGUUUUGCAGGCAUGGCUUUACUACUGA